AUGGGCUCAGUAGGAGCAGAACGCUUCAAGGAGCUGAGCCCGGCGGGGACGCCGGAGGGCAACGUGGUGAUGAGCUUCAGCUUCGACAGCUACCAGCUGGAGGAGGAUGAGCUGCAGCGGGGCAGCCAGGCCAAGGGUGUCCUCACCUUCAUGGAGCCAGUUUCUGAGGAUCCUGAGCCCCAGGAUCGAUACCAUGGGAUUUACUUUGCCAUGCUGCUGGCUGGGGUGGGAUUUCUCCUGCCGUACAACAGCUUUAUCACCGAUGUGGACUAUCUGCACCAUAAAUAUCCAGGGACCUCCAUCGUCUUUGACAUGAGCCUCACCUACAUCCUGGUUGCCUUGGUGGCCGUCAUCCUCAACAACGCGCUGGUGGAGCUGCUGAGCUUGCACACCCGGAUCUCCGUGGGUGAGUUGGGGUCCCCGUGCCCCUCGGCAGUGCCAGCCCCUUGCGGCGUCUGGCUGGAGCUCUUCCCCCGCAGGCAAGCCUACGCCAUCAACCUGGUCGCUGUCGGGGUGGUGGCCUUUGGCUGCACAGGCACCGCCGGGGUCAUCAUCUCGCUCAGCCGGAUCUUCACCAAGCUGCUGCUGUCAGACGAGAAGGAGAACACGGUCAUCUUCUUCUUCAUCUCCAUCGGCAUGGAGCUGACGUGCUUCAUCCUCCACCUCCUGGUGAAGCGCACUCGGUUCGUCCGCUACUACACGGCCUGCUCCUGCAAGGGUCUCCCCGAAACCCGGGGCGCCGGUGACCACGGAACAGGCUACCGCGUCCACCAUGACGUCACCGCUGAGGACAUCCGAUUUGAGAACCGGGAGCGGGUGCAGCCGAGCUCCCCCCAGGGCAGCCCGGGCCCCGAAGCUGAGCUGGCUGGCAGCGGCACCUACAUGCGCUUCGACGUCCCUCGGCCCAAAAUCAAGAGGAGCUGGCCCAGCUUCAGAGACAUGCUGCUUCACCGCUACGUCGUGUCCCGGCUCAUCUGGGCUUACAUGCUCUCCAUUGCCAUGACCUACUUCAUCACGCUGUGCCUCUUUCCCGGGCUGGAGUCGGAGAUCCACAACUGCACGCUGGGGGAAUGGCUCCCCAUCCUCAUCAUGGCCAUCUUCAACCUCUCCGACUUCGUCGGCAAGAUCCUGGCUGCCUUGCCCUACGACUGGAGAGGGACCCACCUCCUCAUUUACUCCUGCCUCCGUGUGGUCUUCAUCCCCCUCUUCAUCAUGUGCGUCUACCCCAACGGGAAACCCACCUUCGGCCACCCCGCCUGGCCCUGCAUCUUCUCCCUCCUCAUGGGCAUCACCAACGGCUACUUCGGCAGCGUCCCCAUGAUCUUGGCCGCCGGCAAAGUGAGCCCUGAGCAGCGGGAGCUGGCAGGGAACACCAUGACCGUGUCCUACAUGACAGGCUUGACGUUGGGCUCUGCCGUGGCAUAUUUUGCCUACAGCCUCACCAGUACGUCCCACAGCACUUGUUUCUACACUGAAACCUCCAACGGCUCCUUUACGUCGGGGGACUGA